CUGAGUGGUUCUCAAAGUCUGAAGUCCGCAUAUGCACUCACAUCAAGGGGCCCUUAUAAACAUCACUCCACCUGUCAAUAUUUCAUCCUUUUCUGUGUUCCUUGCCGUUCUCGCAAGCCUCGCCACCUCGAAAUAAACAGCCUCGCGCUGAAAAAGAACUAUGGACGAAUUACAUUUACGCACAGGUGUUGUUGCAUGCUUGUGAAUGUUUUCAGGGUUUGGGGAAGGCAUGGGUAGUUGAAGACCGCGUAAUAGAAAUUGUGCGUGGGUGCACAGAUGAUAGCGCUGCUUUGUAUUGUUGCCCUGGCUGCUGAUGCCCCGCCUCUGAUGGAAGCCUUAAACCUGGCACCAAGCUAAAACAAACGAAAGUCAGCUUCGAGCUCCCACUCAAACCAAUUAAGGCGGACUCCAGUGCGCACUCAUACGUUUCCAUCCUGCUGCAGCGACGGUGAAACAACAGGAACAGAGGAGCUGGCCAAAAAAAAGAAGGAGAGAUUGCCUUGCCUUCUAAUUUCUCCCUUUCCAACACAGAACAAUGUCGAUGAGCCCUAAGCAUACGACUCCUUUUUCUGUAUCCGAUAUCUUAAGUCCUCUUGAAGAGAGCUACAAAAAAGUGAGUAUGGAGGGGAACAACUUGGGGGCUCCUCUUGCCUCGUACAGACAACCCCAAGUCACGCAAGCGGCGAUGCAGCAGCACCACAUGGGCCACAAUGGAACAGUACCCGCUGCCUACCACAUGACUGCAGCUGGAGUUUCCCAGCUGUCACAUACAGCCAUGGGGGGCUACUGUAACGGGAAUUUGGGCAACAUGAGCGACCUGCCGGCCUAUCAAGACGGCAUGAGAGGCAGCACGACGGCCGCCAGCUGGUACGGAACGAAUCCCGACCCACGCUUCUCUACAAUCUCUCGUUUCAUGGGCUCCUCGUCUGGUAUGAAUAUGGGCAGUAUGAGCACGCUGAGUUCACUGGCGGAUGUUGGCAAAGGCAUGGGUCCGCUGACCAGCACGCCUCGCAGGAAGAGACGAGUACUCUUCUCCCAGGCCCAGGUGUACGAGCUUGAGCGACGCUUCAAGCAGCAGAAGUACCUCUCCGCGCCGGAAAGGGAACAUCUGGCCAGCAUGAUUCACUUGACUCCGACUCAAGUUAAAAUUUGGUUUCAAAACCACCGAUAUAAAAUGAAAAGGCAGGCCAAGGACAAGGUGUCCCAGCAGCAAAUGCAACAAGAUAAUGGCUCCUGUCAGCAGCAGCAACAGUCUCCACGGCGGGUGGCCGUGCCAGUGUUGGUGAAAGACGGAAAGCCAUGCCAGGGCAGCAGCCAUACACCCAACACUGGUGUACAAAACCACCAUCACCAGGGGGGAAACGUCAUGAUUAUGUCCAAUAAUAGUUCUUCAAUGGGCCAGCUUCAAAGCCAGCAGGUAGGCAGCGCCGGCCAGUCCCCAGAUCUGGGUCAACACGCUGCAAGCCCCCCAUCUCUCCAAACCCAGGUAUCUGGCCUGUCGCACCUGAACUCUUCCGGGUCCGAGUAUGGAGCCGCCUUGCCCUGCUCCGCUCUGCUCUAUGGCAGGACGUGGUGACAUCGGAACAGACAAUAACAAAAUGACAGGUGGAUGCAGGUAAUCUGUAUACCCUGCUCAAAAAGACCAUGAGAACAGUGGUUGCGCUCUGAAAUCAUUGUCUCCUUUCUGGAGGGAGACAUGACAAGGCUACAAGCAACACGAGGAUUGCCAAAUGUCAAAGGUAUCAAAUCUUUUAUUUUGAGGAUGAGCGCCAAAACACCAUUAAGAAGAUGGAAUUAUUUAUAUACGCUAGAUUUUAAAUGGAGACUGAUUUAAACACUAAAAUCAAAUAUUCUGUCAUCCUGUUGGAUUUAAAAAAAAUGCCCCGACAACGAAGACAUCUCCCCUCACAGUUAGACUGCUAAAUACCUUUCAUGAUUUCUUAUAGAUUUCACUGUAAUCGUAGCUUGUAUAUUUCUGUAAAAGUUUUGGACUGAUUACAUAGUUUUUAGCUAUAUGUAGCCUAUAUUGUAUACAUUUUUAUCGAUAUUAAGGGUCACAUGUUUUUCAGUUUCAUUGUUAUUUGUACGUUUCAUUUUCUUGUAACUUAUAUAGAUAUUUGACUUAAACGCAGUCAUGCAAUCAUAUUAAUAAAUUAUGACAAUAAUAACAAUAGCCUAACAAUACGUUUGUUUUAAAUUUGGGUGUAAGAAUAAAUCACUCGGCGGUGCUAAAAGUGGGACCUGACCAAUUUAACUUUUUUUUCUUCAAGAUAACUAGUUUAAAAGUCAUCAAGCUUCCACACAAUAAACCAUUAAAUUUGUACAAGCUUUCCGAAUAGGCAUUAGAAGGAUUUUUGCUGCAGUCGCUCAUUGUUUGAAAUCGAAAUUUCUACUGUUUGUAUUGGGUCUCCCCUUCAGUGUGACAGGUUUGUGGAGCUGGAUUUCUGCAUCGCAGGCCUUAUAGUAAAGUGUUCAUUCAGUUAUGUAGUUUUCUGUGUCGCAACACCCCUGGAGUCAAACGCCAAAUAUUAGUAGGAUACAGCAAACAAAGACAAAAAAAGUCAAUUUUGCGUCGUGUAAAAACGUUUAUACAACUGACAAAACCCGGGAUCAAUUUAGGCACAAAAUGAAACACGUUUUCUGCAUUUUUGCACGAAACAUUUAUGAAAUAUUUUACAAAUGCUUAGCCUAUAUAAAACAUACAAAUGUUUCAUACAAACUUGACUGUAAAAUCUAAUUCCAGCGAUCUGCUAAUUGUAUUUAACUUAUUUAAUACGUCAUAGUCUAUGACUUUUUCUAAGAAAAAAAGGUUUUGGUACAGGUUUCUUUUCGGAGCGUGUUCUUUGUCGUAAGAGAAUGAGUCAGUGCAGGUGAGGUCUCCACUCCUGGAGAGAAACUCACAUCAAACAAACGCUCCUAAAAGCUAACUUAUCAAUCACAUCGCUGGACAAACAGCAUUCUCUUAAAUAACUUUGCAAGACGAAAUAAACACACUUAUCACAGCGCCGUCCAUCAAUACCGUGUUUGUGAAGAUCAGAGGUACAAUCAUGCCACCGUGGUUACAUUGAUAAAGAGCGUAAACAUCUGAGGGGCGCGGUAAGAUGCCUGAGAGCUGCCUGCUAGAACGUUUGAAAGCGCGUGUGUGUGGGACUUGCUAGUGCCAAGUAAGAAAAAACAGAUGUUGUCCGCAGACAGAAAUAUUUAAAUUAAAUAUGAUAGAGACAUUUCCAUUAAACUUUAUGACCAGUUCAGAAUCAAAUAAAAAUAAUUUUAAAUAAAAAGCUCACACAAAAGCUACAACCUAUUUGCUACACACAAGAAUCGGUUGUGAACUGAUAAGGCCGUGUGUCUUUGACUUUCUUUCUUUUUCUUUCUUUCUUUCUUUCUUUCUUUCUUUCUUUCUUUCUUUCUUUCUUUCUUUCCUACACUC